AUGUCGGCUACACACCGACACAACUCGAGGCUGCAGAAUGCUUCCGUCACAUCUCUCCGCCGCGGCCCUCAAAGAAGGGACAGUGGCCGUCGCAGCGAUGGUUCAGUCACAUCUUCAGGACGCGAGUCGAUUGGCACUGGCUUGACUGAGCCGCCCGCGUACUCGAAGAAGUUUGUUGUCGUUGGUGACGGUGGCUGCGGCAAGACAUGUCUGUUGAUCAGCUACAGCCAGGGCAUCUUCCCUGAGAAAUACGUGCCUACCGUCUUCGAGAACUACAUCACCCACUGCGAACACAAGCCCUCGGGCAAGAUUGUCGAACUGGCUCUUUGGGAUACCGCUGGUCAGGAAGAGUACGACAGACUGCGCCCCCUUUCAUACCCCGAGACCGAUUUGCUCUUCGUCUGCUUCGCCAUUGACUGCCCCAACUCUCUUGAAAAUGUUAUGGACAAGUGGUACCCCGAAGUCCUCCAUUUCUGCCCUACCACUCCCAUCAUCUUGCUCGGUCUCAAGUCGGAUCUCCGUAACAAGCGCACCUGCAUCGACCUCCUCAAGACCCAGGGUCUCACUCCCGUCACCACCCACCAAGGCCAGGCCGUCGCUAAGAAGAUGGGUGCCCUCUACAUGGAGUGCAGUAGUAAGGAGAUGACCGGCGUCCACGAGAUUUUCGAUGCCGCCAUCAACACCGUCGUCGCAGAAGCAGAGGGCCUGAACCAGUCUCCCCCAGCCAGCCGUGGCAGUCUCACCGCCCAGAACAGCAACUCGCAACAACAGCAACAGAGACGUCCCCAGACCUCUAGCAAACCUUCAGAGAAUCCUACUCCCAUGAUGGCCCCUAGCAAAAAGAAGAAGAGAAAGGCUUGUCUGAUUUUGUAA